AUGUUUUCAACCACAGCUGAAGAGAUGGCAACUACAUCCAUUACUAGCGCAACACAGCCUCUCUUGGAGUGCGCAGAAUUCCAAGGCUUCGAAGAAGACUUCAACGAUCACGGCGACAAUUGGGCGAAUAAUGAGGAUCCACUACCUGUUCAGCCAAUAACGGAAAUCGAGGAGAUUCACACAAGCUUUACAGUAGUGGACAGUAUGGAUCAAAAGUCCGGAUAUACGCACUACUUACUGGAGAGUAAUCAGGGCAUGUUGUUCCAUGGUCAUGAGCCCACCCACGAGUGGGCUCUCAUUCUAGCCAAGGGGAUCCAAGACGGCGGAAAAGCUUUCGUUGAGCUCUCCGAGCGCAGCUUCGUAUAUGUUGACCGGUUAUACCCUAUGUAUGACCAGUCCAUGACCAGGUUCUCUGGUGAUACCCAAGCCCUAACGGUAUUCACGAAGGAGCAGCCGAUCUUGUCGCAAAAAACAUACAAUACUCCGCACUAUGCUCGUUGCACCUUCCAGGAAGUCAAGCGAUGUGAGCGAAUUCUGAGGAGCCCUCACCGGAAUCUAGCAAAAUACCUCGGAGCUGUCACCAAGCGAAUCGAGGGGGAGGACCGAGUGGUGCGUAUUGCGUACCGUCGUUACACCAUGGACCUCCACGAGUUCGUGAUAAUGAAGCGGCUACUGAGAUCACGUCAUGUCCCCUUUAUUCUGCGAAGCCUUAAGCGGGCGAUCCACCAUCUUCAUCGGCUGGGGCUUGUGCACUGCGAUGUCCGACCACCCAACAUCUUUGUCAGCUUCGACAAGCACAAGAAAGGGUCACUUUAUCUGACAGAGGUCGUGCUUGGAGACUUUGAUGCAAGCCUUGAGAUCGGCGAGAAAGUGGCACUGAAGCGGGCGAACGGAGACUGGUGGCCACAAGACGUGGGAUGGGGAGAUAAGGCGAAUGCCUCGAUUGAUGAGCACAGCCUUCGCAAGUUGAAGACCUGGCUGAACGUGGACGGGUUGGGAAAAUCACCCUGGGCAGAGGAAUGGUAG